UGAGAAUCCGACUCGAUCCGACUGCACUGUUGAUAUUUUGUAAACAAACUCCACCUCCUGACCACUUCCCAAGUUCUUAUCUCGGCUAUUGGUCGCCCCUUACACUCCUACACCACUUGUAAAGCCAUGGACUUCUAGGUGGCAGCACAGCAGUCCUCACACAACACCACUGCCAUGUCACUAGCCGGCCACCGCUCUCCUCUGGUAGGAGGGCCUGGCAGUUUGAAUACAGUGUCUGCAGACAUAUGGAUAGCAAACCAGCUCCCAGGAAUGCAGAUAAAUGGUCGCAUGUCAGCAGUGCGCCGUUUCUUUUGUCUGUUUGUGACCUUUGACUUUCUCUUCACGGGCCUGUUUUGGGCCAUCUGUGUGCUGAUUAAAGAAGGAGGAAAGUAUAGUGCGUUAGUUGAGGAGAUAAUUCACUACAACAAACGUUCCUCUAUAUUUGACAUUGUGAUGGUUGCUGCCGUGCGGUUCACACUCCUGCUGCUUCUGUAUGCUUUACUGCACAUCAACCACUGGUGGAUGGUGGCAAUCACUACAGCAGGAAGCUGUGCAUUUUUCAUAUCCAAGAGCUUAAUGUAUGAGUGGCAAGGGAAAGAUGCAUCCAGCUAUCCGUUUGAGGUGACGCUGCUGCUGCUCUCCUUCCUCAUAUCAUGGAUAGAAGCUUGGUUUGUGGACUUCAGAGUCUUGCCUCAAGAAAACAGAGCCAAGAGUGUGCUUGAGGCGGCCAGUAAUUGUGACCACCAGGAGACUGACCCACUACUGCCUGGGCUGGAGCGGGUGCGGGACUAUCUCAGCGCCUACUCCGAGACAGUGGGCGACUUCUACUCGCCCAUGGAAUCUCCUCUCGCUUCUGAUGAUGAUGAGGACUAUGGGGGACACAUAGUCAAUAGAAGGUUGACUUCUCAAGAGAGAGAGUUUCAAACGAGAGGAGCCGAGGCAUUUCAGAAAGCCUGGGAGACCAUCCAAUCACAGGGCUGGAAGCUGGAGAAGGAGAGCUCCCAUGGAGACACCAUCUACACCAAGGUGGGCCCAAGAGGAAACAAAAUAUACAAGCUUACAGUAAUAUUACUCCAGCAAGAUUUGUUUAGUUUUUUUUCACUCUAUGCUGUAUAUAAUCUCUGUAUAAAUUGCUGUUAUGUUUUGUUAAAUGAUUGUAUUCAUGUGGUGCACCAGCAGGCAGCGGAGGGGCCGGGCGGCGUGGUUACGGCGAGGGACUUUGUUAAUGUCCGCCACUGGAAGAAGAUUGGCAACUCAAUGGUGUGUGCGAACAUUUCAGUGGUUCACAAAGACGAGCCACCACAGAAGAGCAUCGUCAGAGGGGAAAAUGGCCCAUGCUGCUGGGUGUUUCAGCCUGCUGAGGAUGCACCCAGAAAAUGCUUCUUCCAGUGGCUGCUCGACACAGAUCUGAAGGGCUGGAUCCCCCAGUACGUGCUGGAACAAGCCUUCACCUAUGCCAUGACAGAUUUCAUGAGUUACCUGAGGAACUACGUACCAACUCUCAAGACACAGACCUCUCAGAGGAGAGGACACAGAUAACUUUUAUCUCAUCAUUUCAAGUUGGUAAAGACAUGAACCAUAUUUGAUUAUACAAGAUACAAAAGCAAUAGUACAGCCUGGCUCUUAAUAUUUAACUUCCAUUGUAUGUAUGUUGUCAUUAUGCUGUUUUAAUUUACCUUUCAUCUGCAUAGAACAAGUCUUGUUCCAUUUUGUCUUGAACCACGGCUAAAUCUUCAUCUUGUUAGUGUGUAGAGUGACAGCAGAUUUCAUGUCCUCCCAGGAGCUCAUUGAAUUUAAUCACUCUUAUCCCUGAUAUAUCCAUGCUGCUUAUUUUUAUAUACACAAUCUUUCAUGUUAUUCUUUUGUUCAUAAUUGUUCUUCUAAACAUUUGAUAAGUGUCUCCAUUUAAUAGCUUUCAGAGUAUUAGUAUGUAUUAAACUUGCAUUGUGCGUUUAAUGCCUGGGAACAAGUGCUUUGCAGAAACCAGAUGAUUAUCAAAUUAUACUCUCCUUUCACUCAAAAAAGUGAAGGAAAUCAACAGUUUUUUCCUAAGUAAUCAGUUGUAAGGGCCAGGUAAAAACAUUUUGUUCCUGAAAAUUGAUGGUGAAAUGGAAGAAUCUAGAUUCUAAAAUACUAGAAAACAGAUAAAAAGAUAUUAUUUGAGCAUCCUCCUCACUCACAUUUCCUAACAUUUGUAAGCCAAUUGAAAGAGAAGCGAUAUCCUUCAAGAUAUCAGUUUACCUAGUGAAAAAAGUUUAAAAUUUUUUUCAUAAUGAUUUGUAAUUCUCAUUAUCCUCAGAGAUCUUAAUUAAUCAUAUACAUUUUCUGUUUCACAUUGGACUCAUCUCACUCAUUAUUCUCAUGGAUCCAUUCCAAUGUUGUUUCUUUUCAUACUCAUUUAGCUUAUUUGUUAAAGCAUUAAUGUUUUUUGUGUUAUCGUCAAUAUUAUAAUCAAAGGUAUUAAAUAGUGAUAUUGAAUUUAAAUGUUUCGUAUCAAAUAGUCUUAGAAUUAUUCAAUCUUUCUUUUAAAAUUCAACUGAUUUUAAGAUACAUAUCACCCAGCUACAAUUUUUGUGGUGUUGUGUGGUGUAUAUUGUUUGUAGUCUUUUUUUAUAUAAAAUGUAUAUAGAAAACACACACAGGUGGGAAGGAUUGUUGGCCAUUUACUCUUGUGAUGACUGUGAGGUCAGAGCUCCCUAACCUACCCGUACCUACUCUAGCUACGGCCAGUAUUACACAGGAGCAUUUCUGGUCUUCCUGCACACUGCUUUCCUUUGAUUGUGACUUGGCAAAGGAAUCUUUAUCAUAGGCAAUCAUUUGAUGACAAAUUUAUCACUAAAUUGGUUCUUUGCAAAUUUCUGAAGAAUAAUUUGUUAGAGUCUAAAGUUUUUCUGACAAAUUUCACAUUGAAAGAACGUAGUAGGAAGGAGCAGCAGCUUAUAAAGGAAAGGCUUCCAGUGUAACAAUGAUUUAAGUGGACAGUCUUCAUUGUGAAAGGAGACUAGCUAAGUGUCUCCACCUGGCCAGGGAAGGGAAUCCAACCCUGGAUCUCUUGGCUGUGAAAUGAGUGUGCUAACUAAAAUGCCACCACACCGCCUGCAACUGUAAAUAACUUGUCAUUUAAAGUAAUCAUAUUGCAAUGUAUUAUUUCUAGAAAAGCAAGUGACUACAAAACUUGUCUCCCUUGAAUCCAUAAGCUUAAACUUCUGUACAUAUUCCAUGAUCCUUCCCAUUUCCUAAUUUUCUUGCAUGUCUGUGAUAUGAAUAUUAUUGCCUUACUGUAAUACUAAGAUGCAACCUUUCUAGAAGCUGUUUCUAUUCGCCAUUCAUUUUUAUCACAUUUAAACCUUUAUGGGACAGGUGACAUUCUGUGUAUAUACGAAUGUCCAACCUCAGGUGGGCUUGCUCGUUAGGGAUUUACCAUUGCACCUUUCUCAUUUUCAUCUUGUUAGUCUAAUGUGUUGCCCCAGAUACUACUUUCAAAUCUUCAAGUGAUUCCUGAAUGCCAGUUUGACUUCUUUUCUCAGUGAUUUCAUGAUUCAAUCCUUUUUCAAACCGUAAACAGGAAUUACCUAUCACUUGCACGCAUCUGUCAGUAUGUCUUGUGCAUCCCACAGAUAUUCAUGUUUUGUAUAUAUGUAAUGAUUACAUGUCAUUGUUUUAUAAUGGCUCUCUAACAAAGACAGACAAAGACCCUCAUGAAAAACUAAUGUAUUAAGUACUUCUGUAGUUUAACAGACAGCAAGCAAGCUGCUGCUACAUAUCCUUGUCCACCCAUUGAACACUCCGCCCGCCCAUCACUGUCUGCCAAACUUACUGUAGCACUCGGUGAUCCCUCCUGUGUGUUUCUAUCCCCUCUAGGCUAAUUUCUCCCCUCAUAAUCUAUGUAGACAGAUAUAAAACUGGCUGAUAAUCUAGGUUGUGAUGCUUGUAGAAUUAAAGGUAGUGUACUUCUUGACAUUCACACAAUAGUUACAAACAACUGAAGAUGCUGUAGUCCAGAAUGUUGCAAUAAUAGUGAUGUGUAAAAAGCACCACAGUUACCUUUUAACUUUGUGGUGUAUAGUGAAAGCUAUCAGAACUUUUACAGAACCAAAGCAGUGGAAAUGCAUAUUCUUGGGGGACAACACCAGUUAGAUUUAACUGAAGGUCUUGAUGGUAGUGUAAUUCAUUGUUGCACCUUGAGAAUGCAAUGAAAAUGUAUACUGUUGGGGACGGCACCAGUUACAUUACUAGUUGUGGUGUAUUUCAUUGACAGCUUGACAAUAAGACUUAUUCCUCGGACUAUGCAUAUUUUUAAGUACUGUUAUUGAGAAAUUUUGUUGCCGUCAGAGAAAGAUUGUCUAGUUUCUUAGCUGUACUUGUAGAUGAAAUUAUUAACUCAUUUCCUACUCAUUAUUUUGUCAAUGAGAGCCAUAACAAGCCAUAAUUCAGUAGUUACUCAUUAGAUUUUAUUCAGCAAUUAUACAUAUGUUGUGCUCAUGAUAUAUUAAGAGCAAGUUAUCCUUCAUUUAGUAUUAAUAGUGCACUGGAUUUAGUAUUUUAAGAAAGAAUAUAAUCACUAAAAGUUAGAGGGAUUUGCUAUAAUAGAAACUUUACUGUAGCAUAUAUUAUGUGAAUCAGUAAAACUUGAUUCACUGGAAAUAUUACAAUCAAGAGCAUAAAAGCUUGAAACUCUAAAACUAUUAUAUCACAAAAUUGUUGGUUUUAGCCCUAAGUUUAACACACACACACACACACACACACACACACACACACACACACACACACACACACACUCUUAGGUUGUAUUGUUCUCCUGAGGAACAUGUGAUAUGCUACUCAAGUUUCGGGCUUUGAUUUAAGAAAGACAGGUCGUGAAUGGCUUGUGGCAUCUCAUUGCUAUGUUAUUUCUCUUGGAAUUUCUGUGGUUCCUCUUGCUGAUAUUUUUAGGUAUUUUAAUCAAUUUUAAGAAUAAGUUACAUAAAUAGACGUGAUACUUGACUCUUGGCUUUGUGGCAGGUUGUAUGAUGUGUCAAAAUUUGGAAGACACUCCUCUUAAAUGUAUCACUAUUAUUAUUAUUAUUAUUAUUAUUAUUAUUAUCAUUAUUAUUUUUAUUAUUGUAAAAACAUAAUGACAACUUGUGGAAGGAUGGUGAAGCGAUACACGGGCUGUGGAUGAGUACUUUAUUCCUGACUAGUUUCGCUGUUAUAGCAUCAUUUCUCUGAAGAAGCUAUAACAGCGAAACUAUAUAGUCAGGAAUAAAGUACUCAUCCACAGCCCAUGUAUCCCUUCACCAUUCUUCCACAACAUUAUUAUUAUUAUUAUUUUUUUUUAUUUAUUAUUAUUUUACAUCCACAUUGGUUCACCUCUCACAAACAAGAAACUGGAGCUUAAAGUUUACUGUCAGAGCUUUUCAAAGUAAUAAUUUCACAAUUCAUUUUUUAUUUAUUUAUUUUUUUUAUCAAUAACUAUUGAAGUAAGCAAUUAGUGGUAUCAUAUCUGUUUAAGCUCAAGGAAUGCUUAUGUUUAACUACAAUGUAGGUAAGAAAGGAGUGAAGGUUGUAUGAUAUUUGAUGAAAUACAUUGUGUUUGAAUGUUACAAUUCCCAGGAGAGGCCAUUGUUAGUAUAAUGGUUGUGCAUUGCAAGUCAGUUAUAUGCUCCUGAGUGGUGUGUGACUAGUACAAUGUGGUCCAUUAUGCUGAACCAUCUUCCAUGUGACCAACAACUGUUUUGAAAGUGUGACCUCUUCCUGUUUUGUAAGAAUGGUUUUUACUUUGAUGUUUGAGGUUGCAGUGUAUGGAGAGUGUAAAGCUGUCAUUCACAACACAUUCCAAGCCUGAAUGGUGAAACUGUCACUUGAUAGCUCACAAGUUGUACUUUACAGUGAGGGAUCUCCAUUUCACCCCAAAAGAAAGCCAUGUGAUUGGUGUAAACGCCAGACAAAAUCAUUGAUGAUAAACACACAUUAUCAUGUGCUGACCAAAAGCAAUCCAGUUUGAUGAGAUCUUACACUAUGAAUAUGAAUAAUAAAGUCAUUAAAGUGGUAAUAUAAUACAAUUCCAUAUUUUUUAUUAUUUUGUCUAAUUCAAUUCAAUCCAAAGUAAGAAACUUGCUGUACUCAUUUACAGAGCUACACUUUGCCUAAGGUUGUAUUUUCAAUGUCUUUUCAAUAUUCAAUUAUUCAUGCCUAUACUAUUGUGCUACAUCUGUUACUGAACCUUUCAGACACUGACUGUUGUAUAAAACAUUUCCAAUGUAAAUAACAUUUAUGUAAUGACUGAAUGAUGAACAAGUGUAUAUUCUUUUCUACAAAAGCUUUAGUUCUCUGGGCAUCAUUUUAUGUGCAUAUGUUAACAAUCAUCCUGUAGUGUGCUGUGCAUUACCUUUGUUUUGUUUGAUGUUUUACUGGUGGUUGGAUAUAGUGAUGCCACAACCUGCUGUGUGGAGUCAGCUGAGAGAUGUUGAGCUGUGAUCAGUAGCCGAUUGAUCUGCCACACUCACACACUACAUUCAGCAUUUUUCUUCAGUCUUAGUCCUCAUAUCUGUUAUAAUCUAUCAGUGUGCAGAUUCCGUGUGAAGACUGUCAUUUCUUGAGGAGACUUAAGAAUGAGAGGAAAUGAAGUAUGGUAGACGUGAAUUGUCCAACAGAUCAAUCAAUUUCUGCAGAUGACUGUCUGUGCCACCCUCAAAUUAAGGUAUUUUUCAUAUUUACUGCAAUGUACUAUUUGACUGACGAUACCAAAGUAUUGCUGGGUGAGUGGUAAGGAGUUUGACCAGAUCUGUGGUGGUGGAAUACCUCAGCCUUCAUGUACAUACCUUUGUUAUUAAAAGAAGAAAGUGA